GGGCGGCCGCGGAGCGCGAAGCACUCGCGCGCCGCCGCUCGCCGCAAGUCCACGAUCGAACGACCGCCGCCCGCGCCCGGUGUCGCAUUACCGCUCUAAAAAUACCUCGCGAGCGCGAUCGCCUAUUUAGAAACGGACUGCGCCGUGUUUUGAACCAGUGAUUGACAGUGCCAAGUGAAGAUACCACCCGAACCCCCCACAUAUCCUCCGAAAUGGCACAGUUGAUCACUGUGCGUCUGAACAAGUCGGACCAGCAGCCUCUGGGCUUUCGGCUGCAGGGGGGCAAGGACUUCGGCACUCCACUAGUUGUUCAAAAGGUCAAUGGCGGCAGCGCAGCCGAGCGCGCUGGGCUGCAAGCAGGCGACGCGCUGAUCCGCGUCAACAACACCGACGUGUACACACUGCGCCACCAGGACGCUCAGGACGCGAUCCGCGCCGCCGGAGGCAACCUCGAACUCACUGUACAACGUGGCGGUGGCACUUGGCGCCCCUCUGUGACUCCCACGGGAAGCCUGCCCAGACCUGGAUCUAGGCCCCUGGGUGCUUCACCUGUUCCAGUUACCAGCACAUCCCUUAAGGCUAAUCCUCAACCCAGCCGUGCUUUUGGAUCCGGACACAACAACGUUGCUAAACCAUUCGGAUACAUGAAUGGGAAUGACUCUGUGAAGAGCAUAGUAAACAAGCAAUACAACACACCCGUCAACAUGUACAGUGACAAGACUAUUGCCGAGACCCUGUCGGCGCAGACAGAGGUGCUCGCUGGAGGAGUACUUGGAGUAAACUUUAAGAAAAAUGAAAAAACCUAUGAUGCAGAGAAGAGUGCCGUUUUCAAGGUUCUGCAAGAAGAGCAAAAUGACCCCGAACCAGAGCCGUCUCACUUUUACUCGCGAGCGAGCGUGGCGCGCGCGGGUACACCGUGCAGCCUGCACCGCACGCACCGCUCGCGCUCGCGCACGCCGCGCGUCAUGUCAACGCCGCAGCCGCAGCCGCCACCUCAGCCGCCGACACCGGUCGCGUCCGCGGGCACACAGACGCCGGCCAUGGAGCAGCUGGCGCCCGAGCAGACGCACCGGCCCAGCAUCCCGGUGGGCUGCCACCAGGUGCUGCCGGACGGCCGCAUCGCACUGGGCGCUCCCGCCGUGCCGCAGCCUCACGGCUCCCUGCCCGUCGUCAAUGACACGCCCUAUUGCUCCGACUGUAACCGCUACAUAGUCGGCGUAUUCGUGCGCAUCAAGGACAAGAACUUGCACGUGGAAUGCUUCAAGUGCUCGACGUGCGGGACAUCGCUGAAGAACCAGGGCUACUACAACCUGAAUGGCAAGUUGUACUGCGAUAUCCACGCGAAACUCGUCGCGCGCCAAAACCCGCCCGCGCCCAAUCUAGAGCCCGUCACUGUACCUCCGGGUGGACGUCUUCCAACUAACUCAUAUUCUACCCCUCUGCCUCCACUGGCUACGAAUAACAAUUACCUCAAUGGCACUCAGUCAAUGUUCAGCCCAUCAAGCAACCUCUCCGGUCCGAAGCCCUUCGGUUCCUCCAUCGGCUCGGCUUAUUCCCCAUCGCUGUCCCCGCGCUCGGCCCCAAUGUCCCCGGCGCGGCCACUGGCAGCCCCCGUGGCCCCGGCGCCGGCUCCACAACCAUUGCCCACGCAAGCAGCCCAUACGCCCUUCGCUCCCACUCAAAACGUUAAAAACAUUGUGUGGCCCCCGCAAAAUCCUCAGGGAGAUGUACCACCCAUGCCAGAUCCUAGCCCAAAGCUCACAAAUAAAAAAGUCAGCAUUGAACCUACGCCAACAAUGGUCAUACCAUGUGUAGAGAAAGAUGAUAAUGUACAUCUAGUACAAAAUACUUUCUCGUCUUCUCAGCAGAUAGCUGAAUACACUUCAAGUGUUUCAUAUGCCUCCACAACCAUGUCUACGGUCAACUCGAUGUCGUCUAAAUCUACAUCAGAAUCAAAGCAGAACAAGCAAUCCAAGGAAAUUCAUGAAACGAGUAGUUGUGUAGUUCAGUCUGUUUCAGAACAAGAAAGUUCUAAACAGAAGAGCAUGACAAUAUAUCAAUCACAAACAAGCCCUCCUAUUCAAACAUCUUACGAAAAUCCUACGAGCCAUACCGAGCUUCAGCAAAAACUUGAGAAAAGUUUGGUAAAGGAGGAGAUACAAUCUGAAAUGUUUGCUGAAAAACAGUAUUUUGAAAAUGCAAUUGUAACACCAGAAAAAAUAACCUCGAAAGAAAACAAUCCGGAACAAGAUAAAAAAAAUAAAGAUUGUGAGAAAUCGAAAAUAAUCACAGAACAGAAAAAUAUAAUAACUGAAGAUAUUUCUGAGAUUCAACAAGGUGAAAUCAGAACGAAACAAGAUGCAAAUAAAGUAAUUGAAAUUAAUCCCACGAUUCAACAAAGCCAAAUACAGGUCAAUGAGGCAAAGUGUGAAAUUAAUUAUGAUGUAACAGAAAAACAGUCACUUACAAUAUCAUCGGAAUCUAAUAAAACUUUGCAAAGUAUUACCAGAAAUGAUGCUGAUACAACUAAUAUUACAGUAGAUCAGUAUAUCCAAGGACCUCCAGAUCAAUCUAUCCUAGGUAUUCCCCAAGGACCUCCAGCUCAUUCUAUGAUAGAUGCAUUGACUACUGCAUCUGACAGGCCUUAUUCACCGUUACCAACUACAUCUAUUCCUCUAAAUACAUUUAAUCAAUGUACUUACGAUCAACAUGAAGAAAAAGUCACUGAUCCACUUCUAAUCCGAGAAGAGUCGGCGAAUUCUGAAAGAGAAUACCAAAGUCGAAAUGAAUUUGUAAUGCCCUCUCAACCAUCACCAAUGUUUGCACAACCAAAACGUGGAAUCUCGCCAAUAGCCCCAAUAAAAGCGUAUAAUCCACCAGAAAAAAAGGAAGUGCCUAUCCCAAUGCCAGAAGAAACCAAACCAUAUAUUCCACCUGACUUCAAAAUUAAUAUUGAACCAAAAGUUCCAAGAGCCGAAACAUCUUCUCCAAUGGUUGACGCUUUGACAACAGCACCUAACAGACCAUUCACUCCAGUGCAAAUGCAACCAGUUCAGCCAAUUCAGCGAGGUUCACUUAGAGAUGCUUUAACUAUUGCCCCGGAUCGCCCAUUUAGCCCUAUGUCAUUAAAUAUGACUAGCCAAUCAAGUUGUUACACAUCGACAUCUUCGGUGCAAGUACAAUCCGCCAAUACCACCUCCGAAAUUAUAAGGCCCAUUGCCACUCAAACAUCAACUCAAAUUACGAGCCAAACUCAUUCAGAAUUUUCGAACACUCUGCAAAAUACAUGCCAAUUACAAUCAUCAACAAAUAUGUCGGCAUUCAGACCUGUAGCGAAACAAGUGUUUCCACCACCACAACCGGAAGAAUUUUGCAAGCUAACAAACUUUCCUCCGAUCACUGAUGAUUUAAAAUCCAGUUUUGAACAAUCUACUCAAGAAACCAUCAUAUCUGAAUCAAAAUCAAUGCAACAUUCUACAAUGACAACCAGUAGUAUGAGUGCCCAGGGAUUCUCAUCUGUAAAAAAUGCUCAAAGUUUCUUUGAACAGUUAGAACAGAAGGAGUCUUUGUCAUCAGCUAAUAUAAGAUCAAAAUCUGGCUUGCAUAAAGCUGACAAUAUCCCUCCAUAUCAGAAAAAUUUUGAUCGGUUACCAUCACAAAGAGGAAUCACACCUGAAAUUUGUUUGGCCCCGGCUGUACUUCAAAGACCUGUUACACCAACGACUGACCCACCAACAAAACCAAGAGACAAGUCUCAAGAACCUAAAUCAAAUUUUCAGACGAGUAAUCAGACAGAAGUACAAAUUCAGAAGCAUUCUCAAUUAAGAACACCAAUACAGCAAACUCCAGUUCAAUUUAAUAGGAAUACGCCCAUUAGUAUGACUUUCCAACCAGUAUCAGACGAAAAUGUAUUAAGAGUUUCACCAGCCCGUAGUAGGCCUUCAACUCCUAGUAUGAUCAAUAAACCAGCGCCUAUAAUCCCUCAUUAUCAGAUGAAUUUAGUAUCUGUGGAACACACUGCAGCUGAAAGUUAUUUACAUGACCCAUCGAGUCGUGAAGGAAGUCGUUCACCUACUCCCAAACUGAGAUCUCGGUCUCCAGCCCAGGGGCCUCCACCGAAUCCAUUGAAAGCUCAAGCACCACGGCUUAAAGAAAAUACUCCUCAACGACAAGUGGCACAUUCACUUCUUACACAAGCUACUUCUAAUCUUAGAAAAGAACAUGAAUUAGCACAAUUUCAAAUGAAUGCAAAUAGUAUAACUUCUUCAUCUUUUAUAAAUCACGAUCAGCCAUCUAUUAUUAGUGAACAAAGACAUUCAAAUAUUGGAUAUAAAAGUGAAAAUUAUGUAAAAGGCGACAUGAGAGUUAAAGAGGAUUCAAUGAUGAAUAAAAAUUAUGGUCAAAAAGAAACGCAUUCGCAAAAUGUAUCAGAGUAUGGCAACAAAACUGUGCAAACUACCAGAAAAACUUUCGAAGAAUUUGAAAGGACACAAUCGGCUAAAGUCGUAGAAAUAAGAAAAGGAUGCUCCUCUUUUAUUAGUCCACAUCAACAAGCAGAUUCUAAUUUUAGACAAUCAAAUACUAACGCUAAGCAAGUUUUCCCACCUCCUGUCAUGAGUUUGCCUUCUUCCCAGCAGAACUCAUCUAUUAAUGUUACUAAUGAAGGUAGAUCAAUAGAAAGUUAUCCAACAUUGCCUUCUAUUUCUGGUGCUAACCAAGGUCCAGUGUGUGAUCCUACCCCCUCAACAGGUUCCAGUGUAGGAGCUGCCGCUCGCGGCAAAACUUUCGGAGUAUCAUCAGCUCCAAAACGCGGGAGAGGUGUUCUGAACAAAGCGGCCGUCCCCGGCUCCCGUGUGCCCCUUUGCGCUUCAUGCAAUGGCAACAUUAGGGGACCAUUCAUCACCGCUCUGGGACGCAUCUGGUGCCCAGAACACUUCAUCUGCGUGAACGCAACGUGUAGACGUCCUCUUCAGGACAUCGGCUUUGUCGAGGAAAAUGGCCAGUUAUACUGCGAAUAUUGUUUCGAACAGUACAUUGCUCCUGCUUGCGACAAAUGUCAUGCUAAGAUUAAAGGCGAUUGCUUAAAUGCUAUCGGCAAGCACUUCCAUCCAGAAUGUUUCAACUGCGUAUACUGCGGAAAGCUGUUUGGUAACAACCCCUUCUUCUUAGAAGAUGGUUUGCCAUACUGUGAAGCAGAUUGGAAUGAGCUGUUCACGACCAAAUGUUUCGCCUGUGGAUUCCCAGUGGAGGCGGGCGACAGGUGGGUCGAGGCGCUCAACAAUAACUACCACAGUCAGUGCUUCAACUGCACGGUGUGCAAAAAGAACCUCGAAGGACAGAGUUUCUUCGCCAAGGGAGGCAGACCUUUCUGCAAAAUACAUGCUCGCUAACAAUCCUCAAGUAAUAUACAACUCCGACACUGUUUACUCUACCACAACUUUCCGGCCGGUUUCUCCUUCUCCUAUAACGCCAACUAUACCUGAUGCACCAUCACCACAAAGAACAAGAAAGUUGGAAACACCCCUCCACUUCGAUGGAGGGCUGUUUUCCGACAUCAGGAGUACAGACGGCAAGCUGCUAAGCAGAGUCACCGUCGACCGCGUUCACAGCUCGACACGUCACGACGUCACCGACUCGCCUUGCGUGUUCGAGACUAUUGGCCCACACAUUGGAAAUAAAGACUAUGUGGACGACAUUGUGAAAACUGAGAGUAUAACCAACGAAGACGUCAUCAAAGUAAAGUUCACUCCGGUACCGCAAGACCUCGAUCCUCCUCGACUACUGACUCCUUCACAGUUCCGUGUUAAUCAAACCAGAACACCGAUAGAAUAUUUAAAAGAUAACUAUGAAGACUUACAAAGUUAUAAAAUCGUAAGUUCCUUGUGCAAGGAGAAAAAUAUAGGACAUGAUAUUGCCAGUAGUAGAGAGAAGGAUGUUGAACAUUUAAUAAUGAGUGAACCAUACGUAAGAGCACACAGCCCUCUGGCAAACCUACUAGUUUCUGAACAAUUAACAAAAAUAGACCAUUACUUACAAGACAGACUAGACGCUUGCUCCAUAAACGAUAAAGUUCAUGGCACUUCUGACGUUCUACAGAAAAUGAGAGAAACAGUGUCGGAAAGUAAUGAAAAAGAAAUUAACAAAACAUACGAAGACAAAACGUAUUACUUCGAAUCGAGUACAAGCAAUAAUUUUGGUAGUUACCAAGAAACACAAAAAAAUGCUGAUGGUAAAAAAGAACCCACGCCUCAAAGACAUUCUAUGAACGAAAAUCAAGACGAAAUAAAAAAAAAAUUUGAAGUAAAAAAUUACGAAUUUGAAAAUAAUGUAACAUCAAAAACUAAACCUAUCGAAAAACGUGGGGGAAUCUUAAAUGUCAUUUACAAAAUGCCUAUACAUUAUCAUGCAGCAAUUUUAUGUUUUAUAUUGAUUGUAUAUAAUCUUAUUUAUCAGUAUAUUAAGCAAAACUGCCUUGGUAAUAAAAAGUGAAUGCUGAUAUAAUUCAAUAACAAAAUUGUGAAAUGCAUAUUACUAGUCAUUAUUUCACAUUGUACCAAUAUGAGGUCGAUUUUGAUAUUUGGGUCAUAAAAUUAAAUAAAUUAUAUUUAAAUUACCUAUCUCAAGAUGUAAAUAGUCACAUACAACAAUCUUCUAUUGCCUUAUUUGUAUUAUUAAUAUUUUUAACAAUUUGGUGCUUUUCACUACUACAAAGUGCUCGCGAUAUUUGUGAUAUUUCUCUCACAGUUUCCUCUAAUGUAAAUUUAAGGCUUUGUACACAGCUUCCGGAAUGUUGCAGUAAACAGUUACUAACAUUAACAGAUUUUUAAUGCGUAAUUUAUCGAUCAUGCCUUUGAGGUAAAAUUUUGGUGCACCAAUGUAAAAACGUAGAUCAUAACUACUUAAUAAAUAUAGAAACAUCUAGAAUAAUUUGUAACAACGAAAAGUACUAUUCACACAUGCUAUAAAACUUUUACAUGUUUAUAAUUAAGUUAACACUAUGAUUGCAGGUAUUGCAAUGUUUUAUAUUUACUGUUGAAGAUAAUCUUAAUGAUAAGACUAUUUAUUUUAAAGUAUUUGAUGUCAUAGCAUACAGCACAUUAUGUCAUCGUAAAUAAAGUAUUUUAUUAUGAA